GGCAAGCAAGGGAGGAUCGCGUCGACAGGGGGCGCUGUGGCGCUUAGGCGCGGGAAGUUUUUCAAAGCUAUAGAGAUCCCUGUUUGGCGGGAAAAGAAGCUUUGCGGUCUCUUUCCGUGUGAGAUCCAGGCCUGGUUCUCCCAAGACGGCAAAGGAGGCGCUUGGAAGGCGUUUUGCCACCUCGGAGACCCUCUCUUCUCUCGCUUCCCACAUUUUCUGCAACGCUGACAGACCUGGAGGGAUGAAUGGGACUCUGAUUCCCGGAACACCCAUCGCAGUGGACUUCUGGAAUAUCAGGAAAGCUGCCCAGGCCCGCUUGUUCUUCCUCUCCCAUAUGCACACGGACCACACAGUGGGGCUCUCCAGUACCUGGAACCGGCCUAUUUAUUGUUCUCCUCUUACUGGCCAAAUCCUGCGUCUCAAGCUGAAGGUGAGUGAGCAAUGGAUCCAUCCUCUAGAAGUGGGAGAGAGCCAUGUCUUGGCCUUGGAUGAGAUUGGGAAAGAGACCAUGACAGUGACCUUGAUUGAUGCUAAUCACUGUCCCGGAUCUGUCAUGUUUCUUUUUGAAGGCUACUUUGGAAUCAUCCUAUACACAGGUGAUUUCCGCUACUCUCCAAACAUGCAGCAGGAGGAGGCUCUGAAGAAUAAAAAGCUUAUCAACACCUUGUACCUGGACAAUACCAACUGCUAUCCUAGUUUUGUCUUACCAUCCAGAGAAACAGCAACUGAACAAAUCAAAGAAGUGAUUAGGGCCCAUCCAUCUCACCUCGUUAAGAUUGGUAUCUACACUUUGGGAAGGGAAUCCCUCUUGGUAGAACUGGCUCACGAAUUCCACACUUGGAUUGUAGUGAGUCCUCGGAGGCUGGAAAUCAUGCAUCUGCUGGGAUUGGAUGAUGUGUUUACUUCUGAGGAAUGGGCUGGGAGGAUUCACGCUGUGGAUUUUUCUGAAAUCCGCCAAGCAACUAUGAUCAGCUGGAAUCAGAUUCAUCCAACCAUAGCCGUUCUCCCCACCAGCCGACCAGUGAAGAUCAACCAUCCCGGUGCUUAUGUUGUACCCUAUUCAGACCAUUCCUCUUUCGAAGAGUUGCUGGAGUUUGUAGCUUGGCUAAAGCCUUGUUCCAUAAUCCCAGUGGUAAAAAGUGAGACAUGUCAGAUACAUUUCCAGCAAUAUUUGACACCUUGGAAUGGCUCCGUUCUGGAGUCCAGAGUCCCUGAAUCAGUGACAAGAUUCAUGCAAAGUAGCAGGAAGUGGGAAAGGCCCUUCAAGGUGCAAAAACAGACUUCCAUGCACCAUGUGCCUAGAGGAGUUUUGUUUGAAUCCUUAGAAGAAUGUAUUCAUCCCAUUGAAAAUGACUGCAGUGAAGAAAUGCCCCAGCAAAGCUGCUCAGAACCCAUGAAAGGAUGUGUGUCUUCCUGUAAAGAAGAGUGUGUUGAAUGUGAGGAGGAGAAAGAGAAAAAUGAGGCAGAACCAAAAGCCCUUCAAAGCCAACAAGAAACUUUACCAAUGCAAUCUCCUUGUGUGACGUCCACACAGAAGCUAGACAACUUCAAUAAAUCUCAAAAAUGUCAGACUGCUCCAGAAGCAACACAAACAAACUCUUUAUCAAUGUCAAAGGGGGAGGCCUGUUUCACAGUCAGACAGUUCCCUGCAAGGAGGGACAAAUUGUGCCAUUUGGCCACAGAAAAACAUGUUCUCUCAGCAUCACUACAUGCUCUUCAGGCUGAGAUGCCGGGCAAGUUCACACUAAAGUAUGAAGCAUUCCAGCUGCUCAGUGACCAGCCUUCACGAAGCCUUCUCCCAGAAUACGAUUUGUCUCCACUCAACAGUCGAAAGCAAUGGUCUGUAUAUGACUUUGACUGGCAGGUUGAAAACUACUUAAAAAGAGGGAAAGAGUCUGCAGGUGUGGACCAAUGCAAAUUUGUGCUCAGAUAAAAAUCUCUGGUAAAACCCAAAGCCCACGAACCAAGUUCCAAGAGCAAAUAGUGACAGAACAAUUUUAGUGUUACAUUUUUCAAGUUGAAUUUGUAAGAUUUUAUCCUUCAUUGUUAAUGAAAAUAAAUCACAACCAACUUGGUUCAGAAGAAGAGCUAGAACUACAAGCAGGAUGGUUUGCCUCUUGACCCUUUCAGAAAUUUUGCAGUCUUAGGAGUUCCUAUGAACAUUAAGUGGACUGCUCACACUGGAGAGCUACCCCCUUUCAAAGUUUAUAAAAUAACUAGCUGUUCCCGGCCACGCGUUGCUGUGGCGAAGUAUGGUGGUAUGGGAAAUAAAGUAUUGAGGAAUUGGUGGUAGUUAAGGUCAAGGGUAAAGGUUUUCCCCAGACAUUAAGUCCAGUCGUGUCUUACUCUGGAGGUUGGUGCUCAUCUCCAUUUCUAAGCCGAAGAGCCGGCGUUGUCCAUAGACUCCUCCAAGGUCAUGUGGGAUGACUGCAUGGAGUGGCGUUACCUUCCCGCUGGAGCAGUACCUAUUGAUGCACUCACAUUUGCAUGUUUUCGAACUUCUGGGUUGGCAGAAGCUGGGGCUAACAGUGGGGGCUCUCUCCGCUCCCCCAAUUCAAACCUGUGGCCUUUCGGUCCAGAAGUUCAGCAGCUCAGCGCUUUAACACGCUGCGCCAUCAGGGGAUAUUAUUUCCUAAAGGUUGUGAAUAUACAAUAUUCCUGAUUGGUUUUUUUUGUUUGUUGGAGGCAAGUAUGAAUGCUGCAAUUAGGAGAAAUGAUUAGGAUGUAAUGGCCUUGCAGCUUUAAAGCCUGGCUGUUUUCUCCCUGAGUGAAUUUUUUGUUGGGAGGUGUUAGCUGGCCCUGAUUGUUUCCUGUCUGGAAUUCCCUUGUUUUCAGAGUGGUGUUGUUUGCGAUAUUUUAUGUGCGUCUACUGUCUGUGGCCCUGAGAAAACAGGAUUUGCCAGACUUUGAUGAUGGGAAUACUUUGUUGGGAGGUGUUAGCUGGCCCUGAUUGUUUCCUGUGUGGAAUUCCCCUGUUUAUUUACUGUCCUGGUUUUAGAGAUUAUAUUGUUCUGCAUUAUUCUAUCCCAGUAAUUAUUUCAUAUUAAAGAAGAAUCUCACUUAUCUAA